CACCAACAUCUCUGCGCCUGCACCGUCCGUCGAGAGGCUUCUUCCCAACUGGGAUCUCUACACUGGGAGAUUUUCGGGGAAUGUGCCGCACGGAUCGGGAAAGUGUUUGUGGAAGGAUGGAUGUAUGCACGAGGGCGAGUGGCCCCGCGGCAAAGCGUCAGGGAAAGGGAAGUUUUCUUGGCCGUCUGGAUCGACCUUUGAGGGCGAAUUUAAGUCAGGCCGAAUGGAGGGCUUCGGGAUGUUCAUUGGAUCUGCUGAAGACCCCUACCUAGGGUACUGGAGCCCCUACCGGAAACACGGCUACGGCCAGGAGCGCUACGCAAAUAAAGAUUUCUAUGAAGGAUGCUGGAAGAAGAAUCUGCAAGACGGGCGGGGUAGGAAUGUUUGGAGCAAUGGAAAUGAGUAUGACGGAAAGUGGAAGAACGGCGAGAUUUCAGGUGGUGAAGUGCUGAUUUCGGUCGACGGGCACCACUGCAAGAACGACGUGACUGCACGUUGUGGCAUGGUGACUUGGGCCGACGGGAGCCGCAGCGAGGGCCGAUACUUAGUAGACAACGGCGUGAUUUCAGUUGGUGGCGUGGUGACUUGGGCCGACGGGAGCCGCCGCGAGGGCAGAUACUUAGUAGACAACGGCGUGAUUUCAGGUGGUGGCGUGGUGACUUGGGCCGACGGGAGCCGCCGCGAGGGCGAAUACUUCGUAGACUUGAACAACGGCGUGAUUUCAGGUAGUGGCGUGCUGACUUGGGUCGACGGGAGCCGCUGCGAGGGCGGAUACUUCGUAGACUGCAAGAACGGCGUGAUUUCAGGUGGUGGCGUGCUGACUCGGGCCGACGGGAGCCUCCGCGAUGGCGAAUACUUCAGAGACUGGAAGAACGCCGUUCUAGUCGGUGGCAUGAGCGUGACAUUCGGUGGUGGCGUGAUGACUUGGGCCGACGGGAUCUGCUGCGAGGGCGGAUGCUACAGAGACUUUAAGAACGGCGUGAUUUUAGGUGGUGGCGUGCUGACUUGGGCCGACGGGCAUAGCUGCGAGGGCGGAUACUUCGUAGACUUGAAGAACGGCGUGAUUUCAGGACAGAUUCUGCACGGACUGAACUAUCUUCAUGACAGACAUGUGGUUCACAGGGAUAUUAAAUGUGCAAAUAUAUUGGUGGAUGCAAGGGGAUCUGUGAAACUUGCAGAUUUUGGAGCGGCAAAGGACACUAAUUUGAGUGAUGCCAAAUCUUUUAAAGGCUCUGUAUUUUGGAUGGCCCCUGAGGUUGCAAAGGGGGGGAACAAAUGCUAUAAGCUUUCUGCUGAUAUAUGGAGCCUUGGUUGCACCGUGUUGGAGAUGUUAACCCGUGAGAAUCCGUACUCACCUUGGGAAUUGCAGCAGGCAUUAUGGAAACUUUGCAAGGAAGAACCAGAACCACCACCUGUUCCUAAUACUCUGUCAAACGAUGCACGAGAUUUUAUCCUGAAAUGCCUACAAGUCAAUGCAAAUAACCGCCCAACAGCUGCUGAGCUCUUACACCAUUCAUUUCAUGGAUGUUCUCCUUUACUUUUGGUUUGGGGCGGAACGAGGUGAGGACCCAGGUGUUAUGGGGAUUGGGGAAAGAGAUUUUAAUUAUUUAUUUACAUAAUGAACCCAAUUUUAUCCU